AAACUUAUUUCGUUUUUAGGAGAAUUAAAGCUGCAUUUUUUAACUCUUUCUUUUCUCCAUUGAAGUGGCUUAAAACCCAAAGGCACCAGGAUCAUUGAAAAAUAUAAUAACAGACUUAAAGUAAAUCCAGAGCAGAUGUCUAGACGUUUCUGAUGAGUUUCUACACUGCCUGAGAGAGAGAGAGACAUGGAUCAUUUUGAGGGAGUUCACAGCGUCCAGAUUUCCUCUUCUCCACCACCUUCAACAACAGCCAGCCCAGGAUAUGAAAUCAUCAAAGGGAAAUCUGGAAUAUCUGUGUAUUCCUCAACCGUGUUUUUCGGGAAACCUGAUGUCCUGGGACAGCCAGCCGCCAGACACAAGUGCAGCAGGGACGCUGAGGAGAUAGGAUGUGUUGUUGGACGGUUGGUAGAUCUGGAUCCAGAUCCAAAGUCCAGAGUGGAGGGAGGAGGCUCGGCUGGGCCNUUCAAUGUUUUGCAGCAGUUAUCUCAGAAGUUGACUUUCAUCUGCAGCCCUUUGCAGUUGGUAGAUCUGGAUCCAGAUCCAAAGUCCAGAGUGGAGGGAGGAGGCUCGGCUGGGCCCCCUUCAUCCAGAGCCCAUGGCGUCCUCUCCCGGCAUCGCAGCUCGUCGCUGGAGAUCAAAGAAAAAGAAAUCAGAGAAAAGGGCUCUGAGAUCCUCACGGAACAGCUGGACGCUGCAAAGAAGGAACUGAAACUAAAGGACAAGGAGUGUGAGCGUCUGUCGCGGGUCAGGAAUCAGCUGGAGCAGGAGCUGGAGGAGCUGACUGCCAGUCUGUUCGAGGUAACGACAACAGAUGUUCUCUGCUGA